UGAUAACAAAAAAUAUAUAGAAUAUAUGUGGAAACCUUUUUUUUAAUGAAGUGAUUUCAUUCAUUUCAUUCAAUCUUUUGUCACCAAGUGCCGCGAAAAACUAUUCUUAACAACCGACGUCAUAGAGUAGCAUAGUAGGCCUAAGUGUUCACAAACAUUUUUCUGGCCCGAACGUGCACAAAAUCCAUAACUUUGGGGUUGCCGUUAUUGUCAUUUUCAGAGGUUAAGUGACGACGCACCAUUCAGGAAGUCCGGCAGGUGAACGGCGUUGCCUCCAAUCAGGCUUUGUUUGACACACAAGUGACCUUUUUUUUUGGGGGGGGGGGAACUAUAGCACAAGUUGAGGAAGUUGCUCAUAAUGCCCUUGGUCACCAGACUCCUCUUUGUCUUUGUGCUGGUCUGUGCAGCUUUCACGCCAUUGAUCACACGCUCACAUUCCGCACGAGUCAGUUCCGUAAGAGUCCUCGGUGGUGACAUCACAAAGACGUCGUCGUAUUCUCCGUACGGCCGGGACGCGGCGUCAUUGUCUGGACGUCAACCGAGCCGGACACAAAACGCAAACAAUGUUUUUCAUUCUCGUCAAAACAGCCGAGAUUAUGAACGGUUCCAAGCUGAGGCGAGAGGGCCGAGAAACAACCCUUCGGUCAGACGAGCUGAAAAUCUGAACAAGUACCACGUGGUCGUUCUGAAAUCAGCUCCCGGCCAUCCCUUACGUCCGAGCUCCAGGAACCCUGAGGAAGAUUCCAGAGUGGACGCUCCUAAAAUGCCUGCAAGUACAAGAGCUCAGUCAGGGGUUAAGACGGUCCUCUCAUCACAGCCAGGCCGAUAUUUGUCCGGACGCCGAGCGGACGGCGACACGCUCAACGGAAUUCCACCUGCCAGAUUUCCGUUGAGACGUCCAAACACCUUUAGGGUGAAAAACCCCGACGCCUCGGUUAUCGAACACGGUCCUCAGCUGGAAAAACCGACCUCGUUCCCCGGUAGCGCCAAGAGGAUACAGUCGUCUCCCUUCAAGCCUUCUUUCGUCAGGCGGGAGGAUUUUGGGAAAUCCUUGAAUUCCCUGAGAGUGAGGGAGACUGAGAGGGGUGAAAGGAAAGUGUCAACCAAAGAGGAAGAUGUGGCACGGAAUGCUGCUCGAUACCGAGCCACUUCAAGAGUAUUCGGGCCGCCACAGUUGGCUGGGCAAAGUCGCAAAGAUGCACUUUCGAGGCACGGAGCGCGGCCUGUUUUCGGAUCCAGCUUGGUGCCCAGGACAACCGGGAGGCCUGUGCCGCCGCCGUCCUCAAAAGCUUUCGGCAAGUCUCUGGGAGUUCAAAGUUCCCGCUGGCCGACAUCCAAGGCCUUCGCCGACAAACCUCCGCUCUAUAAAGGAAAAGGCUACGCGUUCAAAAUGGCAAACGUUUACCCGUCUCUGUCAUCGAAAUACAGUUUCAGCCGGAGACAAGUCGAGCCUCAGACUACAGCUGCUCCCUCCACGUCUGCAUUUCGUCUCGGCGAACCGGAUGGCGGCCUGCUAAUACAGCCGUCGAAUUAUCGAGUCGAGAGCGGCAGCGCCGCAACCCGACUGUCGGACGAGUCUGCCGUCCAACAGAUUUUUGAAAGUCUGGAACUGAAUGUUUCUCGGGCGGCUGAUGCGAGCCCAAUUCCCCAAACCUCUCUCCUGCGCCGAAACGCCUCUGGCGGAAAAGAGGUCCCGCCGUUCGGGACUGGGCGAAAGAAACCGCAGACCGAAACUGUGAGGGGAGCGGCGGCGGGACGCGUGGUCUCGGAGGGCCUCGCCGAGGGGAGGUCCGGGCCCUUCGGCACGUCCACCAGCAGCACAGCGCGAGGCAGACGCGUGCACGUCGCCCGCCGCCCCGGCAACUCUCCCAUCGUCAGGCGGCCCAAAGCGGAACCGAGGACAAACGCCUCGACCGCUCCGAUGCCCACCGUCGCGGCAGCUGUUCCGGAUGUAACACAGUUGGGCCUCAGGUUCUCCAGUACCGAGGUACCGGUGGGAACCACAGAGAACCCGAGUCGUGGGGCACCUCGCUCUGAGUCAAGCGGAAGUCAAGUGUCCGGCGGUGGCCUCAAUGAAGAUUUGCCGGAACUGGAUUACCUCCGAAUUUCGAUGGGCAACGUCUCCUUCAAGUCCUUGUGAUCUGGAUAAACAAUCGGGAGGGUUUGUUAUGAAAUAAAACUAAUAAUUGAAAAAAAAAAAAAAAAAAGUCUAAAACUCCAACAUGUCACUCGAAAUUUCUUGGGAUGUCUUUGGGGAAACUGCCACUUUUUUGUCGUUGUUCUUCUGAUUAGUCACUCAAGUCCUGAUGAUCCCGAGCAAUUAUCCAGUGGCGUGGAGUGUUGAAAUUGUCGCGGCUAAAAAACUGAAGAUAUGAAACCUUUUUCCCUGAGCGUGUGUUCCGUCACAAUUUAAAAAAAAAAAAAAAAAAAAGGAUGGUGGCACUUCCCGAGGGCUCCAAAACCACUCGUAAAUGAAUUGUUCGUGGAAUCGGAGGCAAGCGGAAAGACUUCGCUCCGGCUGUUCCUCAUUCCUCCCUCGCAGGCGGCAGCUCCUGAGUGUGCUGACACGGAUUUUCCAUCUCCUCUACUGCGUGGUGCUGAAAUCAUGACAAAUUGGGGGGGGGGGGAAUCCGCUUGCUUGUACAGUUUUUGGUGUUGUGCCACAAAGGAACCAGUAAUGAUCACUUCACGAAAUGGACAUUUUUUUUUUUUUUUUGGGGGGGGGGGCU